AUGUAUACAACGUCGGCUCGUCGAUUAUACGAGGAUCAGAUACCAUCCUUCAUGUCAGUGUUCGACCUAGACCAGGCCAUGCAAGAUCAGGACACCGUCACGGUCGUCGAUCCCAAAAUGAUGGGGAUCGAAUCAAAAUGCAAUCCACAAUUGCCUUCCGACCCUUCACAACUACUCCAACCACCAGCUAUCCCACCGAAUCAUCAGCAUCGGGACAGUACGUCGACUCAAACAUCUGAGUCUGCGGACUCGUCUCCGACGACGACUGUGUCAUGCACAGAUUCCUCGUCGCUCUCCGACCCGUCUCCUUCUUCGUCGCCGGAUUCUCCUGUCAACUUGGUCCCCUUGAAUGCAUUCCCGUCGACCAACUUUGGGGGCUUGCCGUCCAUGGCGACCCUGGCUGUUUCCGAACCUAGGAAUCAUCUGAUACGCCCCAUGACCUCACCUGCGCCGCGUCGACCAAGGAACAUGAAGGGUCUCUCCAUACAGCCGCCUUUUGCGGCCUCGGCUGCCUCAUCGUCGCUGAUGUCUGAGCCAUCUUCCCCGUCUUUCAUAAAGCCUACAAUCCCGGCCAUGAAGAGAAAGCCAAGCCAGCUCAGCUUAAAAACAAACUCAGAUGACUUGGCUGGCCGCUCGACCCUCGAAGUUCCACAAAGCCCCUCGAUACCUGCGCUCGCACAGAGAAGAGCGCUGAAACAUUCUACAUCAUCCCCACACAUGCUGAGUGGGCUCAAGUCGUCUACUUUUGGUCCUGCCGGUGGCAUGACGUUUCCGACCGUCUUUGAACGCAACGAGUCUGGUCUUUCAUCCUUCCUCAGACCUGGUAAACUACCCUCACCCAACGAUGUGGACGACGCGAUUUUGGAGGAGGACUCGCCUAUCAGGAGCCAAAUGGCCAACCGCACUGCGUUUGAUUUUGAGCCUUAUCAUGAGAAGGAGAGCAACGAGGACCAGAAGUCGCCAGGGUACCCCGAUGGGCCCGUUGCCAUUUAUGGAAGCGAAGUUUACCUCUACAUGGAGCCAACUGCCGAGGAGGCUUCCAAAUUCGACGUUAUCAUUAAUGUCGCUCGCGAAGUUCCCAAUCCUUUCACCUUCAAGGCCACUGACACAGAUGAGUCCAUGGGGGAUACAUCGCCAAUUCCGGACACUGCUGUGACCAGCUCGAGUUUUGCGACUGCAUUUGAGUUCAUACCUGACGACAUGACCCCGACCACGCCAAAGGCGCAGUUCACUCCCAAGGAACCGGAAUACAUACACAUACCGUGGGACCACAACACGGACAUUGGAUCAGAUUUGAUGUUUCUUUGCGAGACAAUCGAGAGAAAGACACUUGCCGGCAAGAAGGUCUUGGUGCACUGUCAACAGGGAGCCAGUCGCUCGGCCAGUCUGAUCAUUGCCUACGGUAUCUACCAGAACCCGGAAAUGAGUGUGAACGAUGCUUAUUACGCGGCGCAGACCAAGAGCAAGUGGAUCAGCCCCAAUAUGCGGUUAAUGUACUGCCUACAGGAUUUCCAGAAGGAGGUCUCGAAGAGGAAGCUGUCACCGAAUUCGGCCUACAAGCCAAGAAGUGGUCGGAGCCCAUCUAAGCACCGUUUGACGCUAUCCGUGGACGCCAUCGAUGUGCCAAAGGAACCGAGAACAGCACCUCUGCCAGACGAUGAUAGCGCAGCAAAGAGCGCAAGUCCGGGCAAUUCGCCAUUGCGCGCCCGCGGGAAUUCUACACCGGACCAACUCACAAUCUCGCCCGGUCCGUCAUCAGCACCGUCGAGUUUCUCAUGGAUGGAGAAGGAGGAUGAGGCUGAUCCUGGUAGAUUUGGGCGCUUCAGUCCCUCGCAAAUGUUUCAAACGCCUCCGGCGAUUCGAGAAGAAACCGUGUGCGGAAACAAAUCGUCGAAUCACUCGGGAUAUUUCCCGAAACCCCCACCGUCCCCAGGGUUUGGAUCGUUCCAGCCAGAUGUACUUCCGAAGGCCCCACUAUCACCUGGAUUUGGGGCUCACCGGUUCGGCGAGAACCGUAGCCUUGGAUUCACUCCCCUGAACUUUGGUUCACCUUCGAGACCCGGAAGUGCUGACCCUCCCGCCAAGGCGGAACGGGAAGUCCAGGUAGUGAACACACUGCCCGAGAGCGCGGCUCUAAUGUCACCGCGAGCUGAGAUCAUAACAAACAACCCGGUUCACAAUUCCUUCGCUGAGUUCACCGGCAUGCGUUUCGUGGAAGUGCCUCCAACCCCCAACGAGCAACUUUUCUCCGCACGCCCAGCGCCAGAGGACGCCUUAUUUUCGCCACGGGAGUCUACUUUCCCACGAGAUACGUUCAAUCACUUUGGACGACCUCGACAAGUCUCGGAUCCUAGAAGCCCACCUACCAAAGGCGAGGCCCCAAUUAUCAGGUCCAUUGACGAUUACAUAUAG